UUCACGAAGAUAAGGCGAGAUUGACAUUGAACACCUGCGAUGGGCAGUCCUUUAUUUGCUGACGUACCGGUCAGUGGUGUCGUUGGUAUACAGAUUAGUUUAUUUUCCGGAAUAAAACAGAAAGCCGCUCAUUCUAUCCUUAGGAAAGAGAUCGCCGUAACCUUGACUAUGAUGGCCGACAGUUACGAAAUUCUCAGCCUUGAUUCCUACUAAAUCUUCCUACUGUAUAGUUUCAUCUUACGUGAAUUCUCCCAUACGGUUCCAUCUGCGGCUGCUUUGACUACGGGGAAUAAUUAUAUAUGUUUUCGUCCGUGUUGUCCGAUAAAUCCUGCAAAUGCUUUUUAAGUGAAACGACUUUAGAGCCACGGAGCAGGUGUACCCUCUGCAGAAUGAUGCCAAGCUAUUGAUUCUAAAGUAUCGAUCUUACAAGUAAGACCCGAAUGCAGGAAGUAGGGCUUUUCUAUGCCUCUUUGAAUCAGAGAUGACAGUUCUGAAUUGACGGAAAACCGAGUUGUGCAAUUGAGUGACCAAGCGUCAGUAUAGUAUUUUCUCACUGGAACGGCGUUCGGAAGUAGCUCUUGAAAGGUAGAUAGAAUGUCAAGAUAUUCAAGUGUCAUAUCAAGGAGCUAAGAAAAAAAAAUUGCAUUUAAACUCCGUUGUCAGUGCAGCUAAAUCUCCAAAGAGAAUAUAGAAAACAAUAUCUCUUCAAUAUUGAUUAUACUUCUUCAUUCUGAAGAUUUUAACAGAAAGUGAAAGAAUGGCAUCUUCCAAGGACAAGCAACAGAACAUACGGGAUUACGGGAGUACAGAAAACACUCUUGGUUUGAGUGGCCGCAGCACUGAAAGAAAGCCGUCGUUUACGGGCAGUCAGAUCGUCACAAAGUUUAUUGCCGAACAUGAUAAGCCAAGGUUGACAACAGAUAACGAGACCCUGAUUCAUACACUGAAGGGAAAUAUAGGUCCUGGGAUGCUGGCCAUGCCGGACGCCUUCAAGCACGCAGGUCUUUGGGUGGGACUGGUCCUGACUCCCCUCCUUGGCAUCAUUUGCAUCGACUGCAUGUUCUUGCUGGUCAAAUGCUCGAAGGAACUCUGCAGAAGAGCGAAAGUCCCUUCGCUCAGUUACGAAGAAUCCGCCAAAGCUUGCUUCGAACACGGGCCCGAAGGAUGCAGGAAAUACGCAACUGCUGUAGGAUACAUCAUCAACACUUUCCUCGUGAUCACGCAACUGGGGUUCUGUUGUGUGUACUUCGUGUUCAUCCCGCAGAAUUUGAAGCAAGCGAUAGACUGCAUGACGACGUCUGGUAGUGGAAUCAGUCAACUAGCCUUCCAAUCAAUCGCCAUCAUCCCGAUUUUGCUUAUUUGCUACAUUCCUCAUUUGAAGCACCUGGCUCCAGUGUCCUUGAUUGCGAGUGUGAUCCAGGCAACUGGAAUCGUCUUCAUCUUCUACUACGUCGUUAAAGAUCUGCCGGAAGUUCAAGAGCAAGUUCCCGCCUUCGCUGGAUGGGCAGCUAUGCCCCUUUACUUCAGUUCUGCUAUCUAUGCCUUCGAGGGAAUUGGCCUGGUUCUUCCUCUGGAGAACAAGAUGAAGACGCCGGAAAACUUCCGAGGUCCCGUAGGGGUGCUGAGCACAGCCAUGGCCAUCAUUCUGUGUUUGUUCAGCGCCAUGGGCUUCUUCGGAUACCUCCAGUACGGCUCCGCCGUUCAAGGGUCGAUCACACUGAAUCUUCCGCCGAGGGAACCGUUAGCCCAGGCAGUGAAGAUUCUCAUAUCUGUAGCUGUGUACAUGACGUAUCCCCUGCAAAUCUAUGUCCCCUUCGAGAUUCUGACGCCAUUUGUAGUGCGUCGAUUUGAUGACAAUAAGAAAAUAAUUGCCGAGUACGUGUUCAGGACUUUACUAGUUGUUUUCACGUUUGUGCUGGCUGUAGUCAUCCCCAACAUCGGUUUGUUUAUCAACCUCAUCGGCGCCGUCAGUAGCUCAGCCUUAGCUCUGAUCUUUCCCCCAAUCAUCGACCUCGUCACAUUCUGGCCAGACAAAGGGAAAUAUAACUGGCGGAUCAUCAAAAAUACUUUCAUCCUCCUCGUCGGUCUGCUCGGUUUUGUCACGGGGACUGUGUCCAGCCUCCGGGCCAUCGUCGAGUUCUUUAUAAAUGGAGACGAAAGUCCACCGUUCGAAUGUUAAGUCAAACUCGUUGUACGGAGCGAAUAAAUAGUAAUUCAAA